GGAGGCACGCACAGCUGCUUCUCUCUCCCUGUUACUCGUCGCGGUGUCAACAAUGAGCGUUCGUUCGUUUUCGCUCGCGUAUGAAUUCGCAAAAACUUAACUGUAACCUUCGCGCGUCUCGUCGCGUGUCAUCCCGGUGCACGAAACGGGGCAGGAGGGAGUCCUCGCGAAGGUUCACGCGCCUCGGUGCACGCGAAAGGGAUUUAAGAGGUCGAGGAGGUUGAAUGCCCGAAGAGAUCGUACUGAGAGUCACGUUGUUGACCCUCGGAAUCGAGUAGGUCCAAUUUAAUUAUGAUAACCAUGGAGUUGCUGUUCGGAGUACAAAUAGAUUCCGAGAUGGUCAUGCCGAUCACGCUGAGCGGCGUGAAUCUGAAGACGAAGGUGCAGGCGCUGAAGCAGGAGGCCGCGGAAAGGUGGAACCUGCCCAAGGAUUCGUUUGAAUUUAUUUAUUGCGGGCUUAUACUCGAGGACGACGCAACAGUGGAGUCUGUCGGAUUGAAGAAUGGAUCGAUGGUGCAUGCGUUGAAGAAGAAAGAACCGGAGUCGUCGAUGAUGAAUAAGGACAUAUCAGAAGAUUGCAUAUUACAGCUGGCAUCGGCGUUUAAGUCUUUCAACGAGACCCCUGCGUUUAGAAGCGCUCUGCAUCGUUUAAGCAAGAGGCCAGAGGUGAUAGACAAUAUUAUUUCUUCCUCUCCUGGAUUGCACGAAGAUGCGGUCGCCAUUGCCAUGUUGCAGGAUCCCGAUUUAAUGGCGCACUUCAUAGACGUCGACACUGUCAGAAGAAUCGCGGAGCUGCAUCCGGUGUUAAUCGAGGCGGCGCAGAACAUCGCGGCGGCCGUGCACGAGGAGGCGCACAACGCGGUCUCGAGCGGCUCGUCCAGCAGUUCGAUGGCCAGCUCGCAGCCCACCACCGCGCGCUCCUACAGCGUGGACAGCAUGAGCCUCGAGGAGGAGAUGGCGCGCGACAUCGCCCACUUUUUCGCCACGCAGCCCGUGAACGACAGCAAUCUGCGCUUUCCCAACGCGACGCCGGCCGCGAAUUCGCAGGCCGCGUCGCAGCGGCCGGACCACAAUCCGCCGUCGUCCACGUCCGACGUUCACCACGGCGCCAAUCAGCCCGCGACCGACAGUCAGCCGAGCACCGGCGUGAUCACGUCGCAGAUGUUCAUGGAGGCGAUGAGGCAGGCCGCGCUGGCGACCAAUUCGAAUCCGCAGCAGCCGGCCGCGUCGCCGGCGACCUCCCUGUCGCCGGUCCUACCGCUGUUCUCGCCACCGAUCAACGAUCUGCAGCGGCAGCUCGCGCAGAUGCACGAGAUGGGUCUGCAGGACGACACGAUAAACGUACAGGCGCUGCAGUUUACCAACGGCGACGUGCAGGCGGCCAUCGAGCUCGUGUUUAGUGGUUUCUAUGAUAAUUAGUGGACAGACAGGUACGGACGGGACGAGGGUAACGCAAUUACAGUUCGUACAAAUGUCUUGGAAGGCAGUGUUUUCCAGAUGAGGUGUCUGCCUGAGACAUCCGCGGACAUGUGUUCUCGAUUUGUAACAUAGGUACGUGUUGGUGCUGAGUCAGAGAAUGUGUUCAAGAUGUUUCGAAAUUUACUUGUGAGGGGGACUCUUUUGUACGACUUUUUUUUGAUACAUUAUUCACUGGUUAUUAAUAACACAGCAAGAUCUGUGAAAUUUCGUCUUUCAAGAACUCGUAUAACUCGAUUCGAAUUAUUAUUCUAAUUUAUUUAUUCUAAUUCUUCAGAAUGCGGUAGAGUCUGAAAUACUUUGUUAUUAAAAUUAUGCCGAAAAUAUAUAAAGAAAAUAGACACACAUAAUGUACAUUAAGAAGAAAUUGUAUUUAAUGAAAAUGCUGCACUCGCUAAAUGCUAUGUAUGAAUUUUUAUAUCUCCGACAAUUUAUGUAUAUAUAUUUACUCGAGAGCGA